ACUUGCCCAAUUUGCCAACAAAGAGGAAGGUGUUGGUAUACCACAAGACAUCCAACUUUUUGAUAUAUUUUCACAGCAGAUUUCUCAAGUCAUUCAGAAUCGUCCUGAUAUGCCUCCUGAAGACAUCGUUUCCCUGCAGGUGGCGCUGAUCAACCUGGCCCUGAAGUGUUACCCAGACAGGGUGGAUUACGUGGACAAGGUCCUGGAGACAACUGAGGAGAUCUUUAACAGGCUCAACCUGGACCACAUAGAGAAUUCCAGUGCAGUUUCCAAGGAGUUGAUGCGCCUUAUGAAGAUCCCAGUGGACAGCUAUAAUAACAUACUGACCGUUCUGCAGCUGGAGCACUUCGGUCCACUCUUUGAGUACUUUGACUUUGCCGCCAAGAAGAGCAUGAGCUCGUACAUUAUAGUGAAUGCAUUAGAUAAUGAUAUAAAGAUACCAUCACAGGAACAGGUUGAUGCAAUAUUGAACUUGGUGGCGCCACUGGUUUGUGACCAAGAAGGACAGCCCCAAGAUGAUAUUGACCCAGAAGAUUUUGCAGAGGAACAAGGCCUGAUGGGAAGGUUAAUUAACCUCAUGCAGGCGGAAGAUGCUGACCAACAAUAUUUGAUCUUGAAUGCGGCCAGGAAACACUUUGGAAAUGGUGGGAACAUGAGGAUUAAGUACACCCUGCCUCCAUUGGUGUUUGCAGCCUACAAAUUGGCUUUCAAGUACAAAGAACUAGAAGAGGAG